CGCUCCGUGACGUCACCAAGACGCGACAGAGUUUGUUCACACGUGAGAGCGAGCAGCAGCACUUUGUGCAGACUUUAAAGUCAUCAGUCUGCAGAGAGAUGGAGAGAAAAGAGGAGGAGGAGGAGAGUAAGACUACAUCUCAGAGAGAGGAGGAUGAAGAGAAGGAAGAGGAAGCCGCUGCCACUGCAGGGAGAGGAGGGGAUGAAGAUAAUGAUGAAAAUGAAUAUGCUUCUGGGAAGAAGAAGACCAAACAGAAAGGUGUUGGAGUGACUUCCUGUCCAGACAGGAAGCGUCUUCCAGGUAUAAUCUACCUGGGUCACAUUCCUCCAAGACUCCGCCCCAAACAUCUAAGGAACAUGCUGUCAGCGUUCGGAGAGAUCGGACGCAUCUUCCUCCAGCCAGAAGACGGGGAGGUGAGGAGGAGGAAGAGGAAGACGGGGUUGAGGAGGUGUGAUUUCACUGAAGGAUGGGUUGAGUUCAGAGACAAACGAGUGGCCAAGAGAGUUGCAGCUUCUCUCCACAACACGCCGAUGGGAACCAGGAAACGACAACGCUUCUACUCUGACCUCUGGAACAUCAAGUACCUGCACAGGUUCCAGUGGACUCACCUGAGCGAGCGUCUGGCCUACGAGCAGACAGUGCUGCAGCAGAGACUAAGGACCGAAGUGUCUCAGGCGAAGAGAGAAACAAACUUCUACUUGAACAAUGUGGACAAGAGCACUCACCUGGACAAAGUGAGGAGGAAGAGACAGAGAGACGGACAACAGGUGGACGAGAGGACGUGGGACUUCACUCAGCGUCAGACGGAGGAUGAGAUCCAGUUGAAGAAAAAGAGGAGACACUCCAUUUCCCAGAAGCACCUGGACAAGGCCCGCCUCCUCCAACAGAACAGCCAAUCAAACGUCUCUCUGCUGGCCAAGAUUUUCAACUCCAACCAAUCAGAGUUACAGCAGGGAGGCAUCUGAUUGGCUGUGGCACUUUCCAUGAAACUCUAUACCCAGGUCAAUGAGCUCGUUAAGACUGUUGUAAUUAAGAUAAUUUAACUGUUUAGUGGCCUGACCUUUGACCUUGUCCAACAGUAUCUGACAUCAUUCACCUGUACAGGUGGUUUUGAUGUCAUCACAUCUUUUUAUUUCUGUAUAAAAUGUAAAUAAAUCUUUAUUCCUGACA